AUGCCUCCGAGCAACCCAUCACAUCUCAAAAUGACCCCCUUAAUCGCAACAACAAAAACAGAACUGACCUCUAUCGAGCCCGAAGAACUUGACACCUCCAGCCCAGAACCCGAAGACCUAACCCAAUACACCUUCACACUAACCCCAGACCUCCUAUCAACAAUCCGCCCAACUCACUCCUCCCUAAAAAACUCACUCCGCACGCAGACCCGCAGCCUAAGAAACCGCCUCACAUCAAUCACCGCAGACUCACAAUUUGUCCUCAGCGUUGCGGCCGCAUACGCCCUCCCGCUUAUACCCAACGCCCGGGCGGGUGACUGGUACGUCCCGCCAGAGCACAGGGGAAGCAAUACGAGUGCGUAUUUCAAGAGCACCGACGGACACCCGGGGCAAUGGGGUUUCAGUCUGCGGAGGCUGAACUUGCAUAUUUUGGAGCGCGUGGGGAGGUGCGGUGGCGUUGUCCUCGUGGACUCGACGAGACGGGGGAAGAGGUUCCCUGAUGCGCUGAGUAGGACGGUGCCAAUUUGGAUCGCGGUCGUGAAUUGGUGUUUGUUUGGUCGGGAGUUUGGUGGAUUGUAUGUCUCCGAAAAGAUGGUUUCAGGGAGUGAGAGAGUACAGAUCGAGCGGUUGGUGCCGGGGUUUGUGGAGAGAUUUUUGGAAUUAGGUGUGAAUUUGUCGACGUACAAACAAACUAUCAUAAAGCCCCUCCGCCCGAUAUGGGUAUCCCCAGAGUCUACGCUCCCCGUAUCACCUCCCGAAUUCAAAGAUUUUACCCCUAUCAUCCUCCUAACCGCAUCGAAAAUGACACGCGGGGAGGGUAUGGAAGGAGAGUACAUCCAAGGUGCCGGAGACGACCAUGAGGGAUGGGCUACUGAAUCAGGCCUAACACCAGCUUUGUUCUGGCACCACCACACAAAAAUAAUGUCCACACCAGAACAAGACCUCCUAGAAGCAAUCAAGAACAUUCCACCACUAUUAGAUAACACGUUGGGUGAUUCGAAAAUCACCAGAAUCGGCCGGACAAACAUAUCCAUCGCCCCAACAUCAGCUAUACCAACCCUCCCUUUAACACCUACCUUCGACCACAUAAUCUGCACGUCACCUUCCCCCCUCCCCCCUACAGAGGGGAUCACGCCCAUGCCAUCCCACCACCCCAUCCCAAAUAACUCCCCCGGCGCAAAACUCUUGAUAAAACUCCUGCCGGAAAUUACCUCCUCCAUCGUUAAUCCUGCAGGGAAUAUACUUAUCACUUGCGAUAGCGGGGAGCACGUAUCGGCUUGCGUUGCGCUGGUGUUGUUGUGUAUGUAUUAUGAUGAUGACGGGGAGUUUAGGAAGCUCGGGGAGGGGAAGGGGGUGGUUGAUAAGACAUACAUCCGGAGGAGGCUGGCUUGGGUUACCAUGGCUAGGGAUGAGGUUAAUCCUGCUAGGACGUUUCUGAAUGGGGUUAAUGCCUUCUUGAUGGGCAGGGGGCGAUAGACAUUGCUGAGCACGAUAAUGUAUCAUAAUAUGAUACCAUAUGAUAUUAUGAUGUACAGUAUAAGAUCCAUAGGGUUAGGGUCAGGAUCAGGAUUUAUGGUAUACGGGAGUGGGUCGGUUCGCCUAGUUUGCCCUCGGUCUAAUAGAGCAAAUGAUUGGCCUAACGAUACGGAGGAAUUAGAGCUAGCCCCCGUUUUCGGGAAUUUAUUAAGCAUAUUCCAAUU